CCUCCAUCGACGCCUGCAACAAGCACUCCCUCCUUUGACUCUUCCGCUCGUGCAUGACCUUCCGGGCCCCCACUGCAGCUGAAAGCCUAGCUCGACAACAAACAGCCGGCACAGUUGGCCGGCGACUGGACGAGAGGGAACACAACACGCUUCGGGUGAUUAAACGCCUCUAAUUUUCCUCAGCUGUCCUCUCUGCUCCUCUUCCUUCCGCUAUCCUCAUACCAGGCUCACGGUACUGAGGUGCCCGUCUCAUACACGCCACCAAGCAACAAGAAUAUUUCGUAAUCUAGGGCCGCCCACCUAUUCACAUUCCUGCCUGCCCUCACCGGUCUUGCCCCACUACACUUCUUCGCAAAGCGGUCAUACCUUUUCUUGACCAUUCACUGCUAUCCCAACUGCCACAACUCUAAACAGCCAAGCAGGCCCAUCUCUUGAGAGGUUGCACAGGACAGGAGGAAGUCAAGAUGGGUGACUACUGGGGUGACGACGGUUGCGAUUACGACUACUAUGGUCGUAGGCAGAGACGGCGACCUUCACCUCACCAUAUGCACACCACAGAUCGCGAAGGAUUCCUCAUGGCUGGAGUUGCUGGAGGUGGACUUCAUAGGAGCAGAUCUACAGGUCACGGUCCAGCUCCGACAAUCAAUGUCUACAAUCGCGUAGAGCAGGACGGCUCACCUAUGCCAAUGCCAUAUGCACCUUACCCUUACCCACCUUCCCCGGGCUCUCGAAGAGCAUCGCCGCGAGCAUCACCGGAAGGUCGUGGCCGUGGAAGAAGCAGGCUCGGAGACAGACUGGGCGACGAGCUCGCGGAAGACCUUGCCGAAAUGGCACUGGAGCACCGUUUCCGUUCGCGAUCUCGUGGUCGAUCAGAUGCGUCGGGCUUCGAUCGUCCACCACAAAUGCCGGGCGGGUAUCCAAACGACUUUGCUGCUUGGCAGUUGGCCCAGCGAGAAGCACAACUUAGAGAUUUGUCGCGAGAAUCAAGGCGAAAGGAAGAGGAGGAGAACAUUCGCAGAAGAAUCAAGAUCGAGCAAUUGGAAGCAGAGGCCAAGCGAGACAAAGAGGAAGCUGAGCGUGAGAGGCACGAUAAGCAGAUUCUAGCUGACAUGAAGCGAAAAGAAGAGGAAGCUAAAGCCAAGCAAAAGGCAGCCGAGCGCGAAUGGGAGUUGAAGAAGGCCGAAGCAGAACGAGAGAGGAAAGAGGAGGAGCAGGCGUUUCGCGAAAAGAUUGAUCGCGAAGCUAGGGAGAAGAAGGAGAAAGAGAAGAAAGCAUACGAGGAAUUCAAGCGCCGAGAGAAGGAGGAAGAGGAGGAAGAGAAGCGUAAAUGGGAAGAGUACGAACGAAAGCGCAGGGAGAAAGAAGAGAAGGAAAAGAAAAAGAAAGCAGAUGAAGAGAGAGCUUUCCAAGAGGAAAUGCGAGAUCGACUACGAGCCCUUGGCUACACCGAACAGACGAUCGAUGUCAUGGUCGACAAGGAAAAGACCAAGAAGUUCAAGACCGAAGUCAACAGCUCCUCUCACACCACAGUCAUCAACGACAAUCGCAUCGGAGAAUUCCGAGGUCCACGAGCUCCCAUCUACCCGAAAGUCCACAAGAGCUACCUCGCGACCGAGACCUUGAAAUACUACGACCUACCAUGGGAAUACGAUCGCUCCGAUCCUGACUACAUCAUCAUCCUGAGAGACAUGAAGAAGGCAGAGACUGACUUGCUAUUCGAGCACACUACGAGGUUGCGAAGCGGUAGAUUGCUUUUGGAGCCAAAGAAAGAGAAGCCAGAAUUCGCUUUUUACCGCAAGCGCAGCAGAAGUCGCCAUGGACCCAAGCAGGAUAUCUACAUCACUCCGCUUCUAAAACGAGCAUCUUGAUAUGGAAUUACACAUAAGUCUGGCAGUGGUUGGCUAUUUGUUGCCUCCUCAGCUCCUUCGAUUUUUGGAAAUGGACAUUGAGCGGUUUGGCGAGCGGGUAGCGGAGCAUUGAGACAAAUUGAGAAGGGCACCGGGAUUCUUGCGAGCAUCUGAAUGUUGGCAGAUAGACAUCGGCAUUGAGCGGAAUUGCAAUACAAUACUUCCUUCAG